GGAGCCUCUGGCUCCGGACAUUCCAGGACAGGAUUUGCAGUUGGUCGAGCCACUGCCAUCUCACAGAUCCCAACCCCCUCCCCCAAUCCACAUUCCUCCAAAACCUUUCUAUCUCUACAGAGAGACAUAAACGCUUGCGCAUACAUCAAUUCCUCCCAUUUACCAUUCUGCCGGCAGAACAAAAUCAAUUGUAAGAUGGUAAUGUAAUUAACACUUCCCUCUGGAGGCCAAUGUUCUUGAUCAUCUAGCUUAUAGCGUGGCCACGCAGUUUCACAGAAGAAUUUAGCUUUCUUCUUAGUCAUAGGAUCCCCACCGAACUCUGCCCAAUAUCCCAAUACACAAGAGAGGGGGGUACAUUUCCUAACCUUACUGUUAAUAGUACCCAUCUCAGGGCUGCCUUCCUGGUUCUGACCGUCCGACUUACCUGGGAUCCAGGGAUCUGUUCUUAGUCCUCGUCCUCACAGGGGAAAAAUCACUGGUCUUGGACUCAGGCCAGACAGAAUACUUACAGAGAUAAUCCCAGGCAGGCGUACUGACGGUAGGCCUUAUGCCCUUUCUACCCUCUCACCCAGGUGCCUGUUACUGGUACUUUCACUCUAUGGCGUUGCACCGUUAGGCUACUGCCGCCUCGGUGAUCCAGCUCCCCCUGAAGCAAAAGUCUCACUGGGAAAAGAAAUCCCGGGGCGCGCCUGACAUUUGUCCUGGAAGAGCGGCUCUCUGGUCUUCAGUUAGUCCGGGCAAAACCUUAUCUAAGGCAGUCCCAUCUGGGGUGCCAAAAACUGUUGAGCCCCAGCUCAAGUCUGGGAUCGUGCCCGGUAUGCAAAGGCCAAUAAAGAUACCGGGGGUGAAAGUACAAAGAAGGUUUAUUGCUAGCAAUAAAAGGUGCGAGCGGAAUAAUUUCACAUAACAAGCACACCAGAUUACUAUUUCUAAGCAUCUUUUAUACAGGAGUUUUUGAGCCUUCAUAAGCAUCCUUGUUUGCUGAUUGGUUAUAAAGGAGUGACGCAAGGAGUUCUUUACUGAGCAUGUCUCUAUACCUGUGUUUUAGCCAUGUAUCUCAUUUACAUACAUGUAAGUUUCAUUAGCAUACUUUUUCCCCACCUAGGGGUGUGAUUUUUAGUAUUUUAAUGAGCCCUUUAACCCAGUACUUUGCUUCUUGCUUUUGUUUUCAAGCCCCCUUUAUCUAGGACUGUCUCCUACUUAUCAUCGCAGAUGGGCAUUCGUCACAUAACAUUCUCUUCUGCUUCGUCUCUGAGUAGUGGUUUCUAGGUCACUCCUUACAAUCAUGGGAGAUGGAGAAAUGUUUAUCAGAUGACCAAACUGGACAAAAAGCUGUGAGCACUAACACAGAACUUUCUGGCUUCAGAGCUGACAUCCUAGCCCUUCGCCAGCAGCUUCAGGAAGUUUCAGAGAAAGCUACCAAAAACAAGGACACGCUGGAGAAGCUGCAGGAGUCUGGAAAUGCAUUAGAUGACAGGCAGAGCCAAAUGAAAGGUGUCCUGGAUAGCAACUCUUUCAUGAUCAUCGGUGUCAAUAAAACUCUCCAGGCAUACACUGGCUACAUCAACAAUCUCCAGCAGGAUACAAGUAAUAUUCAAACAAAUUUACAAAACCAAAUGCAUUCGCAUAAUGUGGUCAUCAUGAAUCUGAACAACUUAAAUCUGACACAAAUCCAGCAGAGGAAUCUUAUCAGUGUUUUGCAAAAGUCUAUGGAAGAUACAAGUCUGGCUAUCGUAAGAAUCAAGAAUGAUUUUCAAAAUCUGCAGCAAGUUGUCCUUCAAGCACGGAAGGAUACUGAUUGGCUUAAGGAGAAAGUACAAAAUUUACAAACAUUAGCAGCAAACAACUCAGCAUUGGCCAAAGCCAACAAUGACACACUUGAAGACAUGAACAGUCAGCUCAGCUCAUUCAGUGGGCAAAUGGAGAACAUUACCACGAUUGCACAAGCCAAUGAACAAAACCUUAAGGAUCUGCAAGAUCAGCACAGAGAUUAUGAGAACAGAACUGCUUCCAAAUUUAACCAAUUUGAAGAACGAUUUCAGGUCUUUGAAACAGAUAUAGUUAAUAUCAUUAGUAAUAUCAGCUAUACUGCUCAUCAUCUACGGACACUGACAAGUAAUCUCAAUGAGGUCAGGACAACUUGUACAGACACCUUAAGUAAACAUUCUGAUGAACUGCUUUUUAUGAACAACACAUUAGCCAAUAUUCGCUUAGAUUCUACAUCUCUCAGGAUGCAACAGGAUAUGAUGAGAUUAAGAUUAGAUACUGAAGUUGCAAAUUUAUCAGUAAUUAUGGAAGAAAUGAAGCUGGUGGAUUCCAAGCAUGGCCAGCUUAUCAAGAACUUCACUAUAUUGCAAGGACCUCCAGGUCCAAGGGGGCCUAAAGGUGAAAGGGGGCCUCCGGGGUCUUUUGGCCCAACUGGUGCAAAAGGACAGAAAGGAGAAAAGGGAGAGCCAGGACCACCAGGACCGGCAGGUGAAAAGGGCCCCCCUGGUCCAAUUGGGCCACCCGGAGAAAAAGGUGGAAAAGGUUCCAGAGGAUCACCUGGCUCCAAAGGUCAGAGAGGCUCUCCAGGCAAGACUGGCCUGCCAGGAACAACUGGAGAUCCAGGACCACCAGGACCACCUGGUAAAGAUGGUCCUUCAGGUCCACAAGGCCCACCUGGAUUUCAAGGAUUGCAAGGAACGGUUGGAGAGCCUGGGGUACCUGGACCUCGAGGACUGCCUGGUCUGCCUGGAAUACCAGGACUACCUGGUCCAAAGGGGCCACCUGGGCCUCCUGGCCCUCCUGGUACAGGAAUGCCAAUGGCCCUGCAGAGUGAACCAACGUCAACACCUGAGGCUAAUGGUUGUUCUGCUCACUGGAAGAACUUUACAGAGAAAUGCUAUUACUUUUCAUCUGAGAGAGAAAUUUUUGAAGAGGCAAAGUCUUUCUGUGAAGAAAGGUCAUCGCAUCUGGUUAUCAUAAAUAACAAAGAUGAGCAGCAAUGGAUUAAAAAACAGAUUGCAGGGAAAGGCAGCUUCUGGAUUGGGCUUACAGAUUCAGAACAUGAAAAUCAGUGGAAAUGGUUGGAUGGAACCUUACCAGUGUACAUAAACUGGAAAACUGGGCAACCUGAUAACUGGAGCCCUGGGAAUGGACCAGGGGAAGAUUGUGCAGGGUUAAUCUCUGCUGGGCUCUGGAAUGACUUUCACUGUGAAGAUAUUAACAACUUUAUUUGUGAAAAAGAUAUGGACAAAGCCCAAACAUCUGGAGUAUAAUAGGCUGUGAAUUCGUAGAUGCUUACAAAUGAUCAAAAUCUCCUUGAAGAAAAGAAAUCCUAUGGGACUGCAUCAUCUCCCAACAAAAUUGAAAGAGGAAGCACUGAAAACUGGCUUAAUAGGGGGAAAAAAAGAAUUCAGCCACAACUCUUCCUCACAAUCUUGCAGUUAUUCAAGGGCUUCAGACCCAUGGCAUGAAGGGUUUUUGGAAAUGCAAUUGGACUGAAUCAGUUAGAUAUUUUUUCCUCAGCUAGUAACCAUAUACUUAUGCAAGUUUUGACUUCAGAGAAAAGACAGUUUGUCAGUCUGAGUAAGACUUAUAAAGCUACUGUAUAAACAGUACAGUUCAUUUGCUAAAAUCCCAAAUGUAGGAAAAUUACACAGAUACACAUAUAUAUAUAGAUUUUAUAUAAAUAUAUAUAUAUAUAUAGUCCAAUUCUUAUCAAUAAUAUGGAAUAUACUUUUAAGAGCUUUUAAGACUUUGUAUUUUUGUACAAAAUAUUUUCUUUUUACAAUUGUUCUAUUUUUUAUUGUCUUUUUUACAAAUAUAGUACACAGGGGCCAAAGAAAACUGUAGGUACUACUACUAAAUCAUUAGGGUUUGUUGUCAGUCUUACCUCUGCUCAGCCAUAGAGAAAUAUUUUUCCAGUUAGAAAGCUACAUAUUUUAUCAGGUGAAUCAUUCUGGUUAAGUAACUUUGAAGCAGAUUUUAAAUAGUGUUUUCAGUAUUUUAUACCUACAGAUUAGACUUUAAUAAAAGUUGAGCAAGGACAAUCUUCAUGAUAGCUAUGAUCAUAGCCAGUGAUUCAUCAGCAGUAUGGUACUGGCCAUGUUAAGUAAAGCCUUUUUACUAUUUUCUCCCUCUUUCCCUCCCUUCGUUCUUGGAAAAUGUUGCAGAAGUAAAUCACUGGCUCUUAUAAAAUAAUAUUUCAAAGGUUUUUAGUAUUUCUCUAGAGUAAGAAAAAAAAGUUUAUGAGCUUUUGUGUAACAGGUGCUGCUUACUUCGAAAGUCAAACUAAGAAGACAUUAAAAGGGAGUAUAUUUCAUAAAACCGAAUCAAAAAGUUGAGCAUGAUGAAAUGUGAUUCUUUUACAAAUGGAUUUCAAAAUAAAACAUUCUGUACUCUGAAAGGUUAAAUCAACAUACAUUUUUCCAAAACAUUUUCCUGUAAGUUGAUGUCAGUAUUUCAUUGGCCCAGUUUUUCCUUACUGAACAAACUAGAGAAAUAGUGGGCUAGAAAAGAAUGUAGCAUGCCUAAUGAGAAGAUAUCACCACCCAACAAACAUCCCAAAGGAGCUGCUGCCUAGACUGCAAGACGGCCUUAAAUAUAAAUAAACAAAGAGUUUGCAGGAGAUUAGUUAAAAACCAUGUACUUAGGUUCUGUGUUGCAUGUUCUGUUUGGCCACAUGCUACACCAUCAUGUAAGUCCUUUUGGAGCCAUCUGAAAGAGAUUUUGUUGGGUUUUUUCAACUGCCUCGCAACCUCUAGUUUACCUUGGCUGCAUGUGGAAAAGCCUGUUGGAAUACUCCAACGUGGCUGGAAAAAGACAAGAUUUUGUAUUGCAGUUUCAGGCAUUCCAAUUUGGCUGUUUGAAGCCAAGCCCCAUGACUUUGCCCUCCACUGCCAUGGCAAUAGCUGAGUGGCUUGGCACCUCACCUGGGGAAGGCACCAGGAAAGAGAGUCCUGAACUCACAGCCAGCUGCUCUGUCAGAUUCCACAGUGGGUAUUGUCUGUGGGACUUGAGGAAGGUAAACUGGAAAAAAUAAAAAGCCACUGCCGGCCAGGAGGGAGAUUUGACCAAGCCAGAACAGUAUCCUGAACCCAGGACCUCACUCUUGGGAGUCCAACAAGCCUGUCACUCCACAGCUACAUAGGGCUUGAAACCAGGAGCCUGCUCUGAGGGACUCCUUGACUGGUGAUGCCUGAAAGCUUGGGGAAAUUAAAAAAAAAAUAUGCUGGGCAGCAGAGGAAAUGCAGCUGAGCCAGAUCAGGGUCUUGAACUCAGGAUGCUGUGCUUGAAAGUUAAGCAAGCCUAUCACUGUGCCACAAGAAUAAGCCUUUCUAGCCCCCUCUUGCCAUUGCCAGGGCUGUCCCACUUGUGGACUUGUUUUCCUCUCUUCCCAUGAUGCACAUUCUCUGAGCAAGGCUCCAGAUUGGCAGCAAGAGAAGGGGGAGGCAUCCUUUCCUUGGUUGCCUUUCUGGGAUGAGAAUUUCCAGAGCCCAAAUUCCAUGCUCCUUAAGUAUCUGUCCUGUUCUUAAUGUAAUUUCCAAGAAACUACCUACAAAGAAAAAUUUGGAAAUUCAUCAUAGGGUUUAUAUUGAACACGGAAAAGAAACAUUAAGGCAAAUCUGUAUCAGAAGGAGUGCUCUCUUAAACAAGUUAUAUUUCUGGAGGGAUCUUCUUUGUACCUUUUAGUCAUUGAUUGACUAAAAAUCAGAUGAUACCUGACUCUUAUGGUACCUAUAUACAUAUUUACACACAUUUAUAGAGGUUUUCCCUAUGUUUAAUACAUAUUUAUACAAUAUACCUGGCAAUAACAUGAGCAUGAUAUCUUUUGACAGACAGGGACAGCAUUAAUUUUUUUUACUCCUAUUGGGCGUUCCAUCUUACAGUUAUACUCACAUUAAAAUGACACCUCACAGGGCCACUGUGAUUUACAGAUGUAUUAAUAUUUUGAUUUUGAGUACUGGAACAUUGAAGCACCAGAGGCCUCAUCCUGAUCUUCUGCCUAAUGGACUUAAAGGAAUUAUUCAUGCUUCAGAUUGGUAGAAUUGAGACACAACUUGCGCUUAUGAUCACACACAGCGUGCAUAGCAAAACGAUGCAUAAAGCCUCAGUUUCUUGUCUCUUGGUCCUGUGCCUAACCACAAAGUCAUCUUUCCUCUCCUACAGUCGUAGACAUAUUGCAUUCAGUGAAACGAUUGCUUUUUCCCCUUAAGAACCAUAUUUACAAUGUUCUUAAAGUAAAAUACUCUUCAGAAAGUGAUCCUCCCAAGGUCCUCCUUUUCAGAGAAAUUUCCCAUUCAGAAGCUAUUGGCAGCUAUGUCAUUAUUUAUGUCUAAAUUGCCAACACAGAAAUGACUGUAGUGCUCUGUAGAGAAACCCAGGCCUACCUUAGAUGUCUGUAGCAGUUGAUGUACUUUAUGAUGCACAGGGCUGAGAAGCAGGGUAACUUAGUCUGUGCCAAGCUCUGUAUUGUUAUGGCUAGACUGCUACCCAGUAGGUGGUUUAAAGCUCACUCAGGAGUGUCUAUACUACUUUGUUGCCAGUUUUACAAAUUCGCCAUCAACUUAUCCAGUGAACUGAGAUGUUUAAGACUGUCCACAGUUUAUGAAUUAAAUAAGUAUUAUAUGAAGAGUUUCAUUGCUGUCUGAUGGCAGUAAUGCAUAGUAGUGUUCCUAUUACCUACUCCUGACUCAGGGACACAGUGAUUAUCAUCUAAUUGGCUCAUGCACACGGCUGUCCCCCUCACUUUUGAUGACACCUAAGGCAUCUAGUUGUAGAAAGAAGUUCUCAUUUAUUGUUUUUUUCUAGUAGUAAAUAUUUAUUUUGGCUCCAUGAUGCAGGAAAAAAAUUGUUUUUUUCAAAAUAAAUUCUGAUCUAAUGCUCAAAAAUGUGUUUCAGACUUUUAAAAGAAAAUUCUAAUAUGACUAAAAGCUACAUCAUAUGUAAUGCUCUCAUUAGAUAAUAUUUUGUGUAUGUUUAGGGCUUCCUUUUAUCUAAGCCAGUGGUUUUAAACCUUAUUAGACACACAGAACCCGUCCGAAAAUGCCAGCUCUUAGGGUGCCUAUACACGUGCGCCAGCGUGUUCUAAUGAGAAUGUGUCAGAGCAGACUUGAUUAAUCGAGUCUGCUCUGUGUUCUAAUUAGAACAUUCUAGCAUUGCCACAGUGUCACAUGGGCCCCAUGGACGCAUCCACACAUGCAGGCAGGUGCACUUGCAGCAGCUCAAAUGGAAGCGGUGCAAAUUUGAGCCAGGGCUUUUUGCCUCAGUGCAUGUGCCCAGAAAUGCACUUUGGUGUGGGGCAAAUUGUGCCACUUGGGACAAAAUAACCCUGCCUGGCUCCCCCCAGAUCUGUAGCCAGAGCCCAGGGCCAGCACCUUUGCUGUCCCCAUCAGUACAAAAAGCUGCCCUGGCAAGUAGCUCAGAGCUACUUGUUCUCAGGAGCUUCUGGGGACCAGCCAAUUGGUAUCUGAGGACACUACCUCUUGUGCCAGCUGGACUGCUGAAGCAGCCCUGAGAGUUCCCGGCACCUUUUACCCGCUGCAGCAGUCUGGCAGUGGGGGCUGCUGCCUGGAUGUGACCUGCUGCCCACCUGCCAGACCCGGAUGGGGACUGCAGAGCCAGUAGAGGCAUCUGCCCCUCUGGGCCAGCUGCCAGUGAGCUGUGACUGCAGAGUUGGCCUUUGUGUGGCACUCCUGCCAUGUGCGCCCCCUGCCCGGCCAUCUGGGCUGCUAUCGCCCAGAAGAUGUUCCCAGUGUGGUGGCCUUCAUUGAACUGUCAAAGCAUGUCCUCCUGGCCCCAAUUGGCCAGGAGGUCAGCCACCUCCAGCUGGAUCUAAGGUGCUGGCUCUGAGCAGGCUCCUCUGCAUGAGUCCUGCCCCUUGCUUUCCUAGCAGGAAUUGUGGUGUUCCCUAUUUGAAAACUGAAAAAUCCCUAAUAAAAAAUUCCCAAGUCACUCUGUAAAAUACCCCAAAAUCCAUGUUCCUCCACAAUUAAAACAAAAGACUGCUAUAUAUAGAGUGAGACAGAGAGACAGUGAUCAGUUGGGCAAUGUUUUAUUGAUAUAUCUACAGUGUUAAAGCAAUUUGGAAGCGUACCAGUGUCUCUGUCAUCAUAAUAAAAUGAAUUCUAACUACCUGUA